AUGAUGAAAAGGCUAGAAGACGACAAUGGAGCCGUUUUCGCUGUGGCAUUCUCUCCGGACGGAAGGAUGCUUGUAUCCGCCUCGAGCGAUACGACAGUACGGGUGUGGGAUCCCUACACCGGUCACCACCUACGAACCCUUGAGGGUCACCGCGACUGGGUCGACAGUGUGGCUUUCUCGUCCAACGGCAGACUCUUUGCGACUGCCUCCCACGACAAAACGGUGCGGAUAUGGGAUGCCGAGAUCAUCUCAGGCCUGGCCCGCGUACCAAACGUUAACGACGGCCACAUCGGCGCAAUCAGGGAGGUGGCAUUUUCGCCCGACGGCAAAGUCCUCGCAUCCAUCUCGAGCGACAAGACGGUAAAGAUCUGGGACUCGGUGACAGGAGCAGUGAUGCACACGCUCGAGGGCCACAUCGGAAGCGUACGUGCUGUGGCCUUCUCGCUUGACAGCACCAGGCUCACCUCCGCUUCAAACGACAAGACGGUCCGGGUCUGGGAAAUUGCCACAGGUGGGCCUCUGCAAACGCUAACAGGCCACACCCGGCGAGUCAAUUCCGCCGUCUUCUCGGCCGACGGCACGAAGGUCGCGUCUGCGUCCAACGACAUGACGGUCCGUAUCUGGGACGCCGCCGCAGGCGAGUGUAUACGGCCUCUCAGGGGCCACGUCGACUGGGUGACCACGGUGACUCUAUCCCCGGACGCCUUCUUGGUCGCAGCUGCGGCGAGCGAUAGGAUUGUGUACCUUUGGGAAGCACAGAAUGGAUCGCCCAUCCGGCGAUUUGAUAUCCACCAGCAUGUGACAUCGCUGGCUUUUUCCGCGGACAGCCGGCAUCUCCGAGCCGGCGGACGAUGGUUCGACACGGCCGCGGGGACCCCCAGUCAAGAGUCUCAGCCGGAGGAGCCAGCGAUGCGGACGUGUUUGAAAGAAGACUGGGUCACUCGAGACGGAGAGAAGGCUCUAUGGCUCCCGCCGGACUACCGGCCUACGUGCCCGACCGCGUAUGGUGAUUUGCAUGCCCUAGGACUUUCUUCCGGCCGAGUGACGUUUUUGGGAUUCGAGUGGCCAGUUGACGUGACGGACUUAAACCCGGUCUCUUAA